CUGUGUCCACGGUGCCUGUGCAGUAUCGGGAAGCUGCAUGCGGCCACUGCUUGCUCACACUGCCACCCUCAACUGCACCUCCAACAGCCCAAGGCACAUGGUGUGCACCAUUGCCUGCGAAAAGGGCUUCGUCCUCCGCUCCAGCAAUGGGAAGAGCCUGGGCUCCAUGCAGCAGGAGGUGGUGCUGACAUGCAGCUCGGGGCGGUGGGACAGAUCUGUGACUUGUGACCCUGUCGACUGCGGUGUCCCUGACCAGUCCCACGUGUACUAUGCCGAGUUCUCCUGCCCCAAGGGGACCACCUAUCUGCAGAGAUGCUCCUUCUCCUGCAUCCACCCAGCCAAGCUUCAAGGAACAAACCAGUGGCUGACUUGCCUGGAGGACGGUCUCUGGUCACUCCCUGAAGCCUACUGCAAGCUGGAGUGCGACGUGCCUCCCGUGGUGGCCAAUGCCAAGCUCCUGGUCCUGCGGUGCCUGCAGGGGAACCACGACGUGGGCUCAGUCUGUCGCUACAAGUGCAAGCCUGGAUACCAUGUGGCUGAGAACGCCGCAGGCAAGCUCAAGAAGAAGUUCCUGAAAGUCCAGUGCCUGGAGAGCGGGCAGUGGGAAGAGGGGCACUGCGUCCCUGUGGUGUGUGAGCCACCCCCUCCCGUCUUCGAGGGCAUGUACAACUGCACCCAGGGCUUUGAGCUGGACAGCCAGUGCAUCCUCAACUGCGAGCCGCAGGGACAACAGGUUCCCAUCGUCUGCACCAAGGACGGCUUAUGGACAGAGGAGUUCAAACUGUGUGAGAACUUACAGGGCACCUGCCUGCCGCCCCCAGAGCUGAAUUUCGUGGAGUACAAGUGCGAGCAGGGGCAUGGUAUAGGUGCUGUGUGUAUACCUUCCUGUAUCAUACCUCCCAGUGACCCCGUCAUACUGCCCGAAAACGUAACUGCUGAGACUAUGGAUCACCAUCUGCAGCCCACCAGAGUCCAGCAUAUUGUGUGCACGGGCAGGCUGCGGUGGUAUCCAGACCCCUCCGUCAUUCACUGCAUCCAGUCAUGCGAGCCUUUCCAAGCAGACGGCUGGUGCGACACCAUCAACAACCGGGCAUACUGCCAGUAUGAUGGGGGUGACUGCUGCUCCUCCACACUGUCCUCCAGGAAGGUGAUCCCGUUUGCUGCUGACUGUGACCAGGACGAAUGCACAUGCCGUGACCCGGCGGCUGAGGAGAACCAGUAG